AUGUCGACUCACUUUGCCGAAUCCCUCCGACCAAUCCCUCUGGAGGUGACAGUCUAUGGUCCCUACAACGCCCUCAAAGCCGCCAACUUCGGGGCAAAACGUCUCCUCCUCUGCCGCAAAGGCUCCGCCGGAGUUGGCGGCCUCACCCCUGAAGUCGAAGAGCUCGAGUAUCUCAGAGACAAGGUCCAUAUCCCUAUAAGCUGUGUUAUCCGACCACGCGAGGCCCCUGAAGUUAGUAGCUCCGGCGAGUCUCACGAUUACAUCUACUCUGAAGACGAGGCGACUGAGAUGUGUGAGUCGAUCCGGAAACUUAAGGAGGCCGGCGUUAUGAAUCCUCUUCGUGGCGAUUCCUUCGUCUUUGGAUGCCUGAGACGAUACCACGAAGGGACGAACGCGGCUUCGAGAAGAGGAAUCGUUCUGGAUGAGUCUCAGUGUUGUCGUCUCGUUCAUGAAGCUAAGCCAUACGGAUCUGUCUUCAACCGUGCCUUUGACGACUUUGCCGAGCGAGGAAACUGGAAGGACAUCAUCUCUCAACUCUCUGACAUAGGUUUCACGGGUGUCAUGACUGCCGGAGGUCCAGGAAGAUUCAACAGGCACAUAGAGCGUCUGGCAGCCAUGUGUCACCAUCUUCACGACAUUCAACUUAUCGUCGCUGGUGGUUUCCGCUGCCCUGAGAUCAACAAGCUUCGAAUGUACGCGCACGACUACAACAUCCGUACAGUCUGGAUCAAUGGGGAAUGUCUUCGCCCCAGGGAACACGUAGAUCCAGAGACUACUGAGAUGAACAGCGUCAUGGGGAUAAUUGAUCUGCUCGGCCUUCAGACGACGGAUUAG